UUUUAAUUUAAAAGACUUUAAUGGAUGUGAGGAGGCACAUGGGUUGUAGCAAAAGGGACCUGGGUAGAGGCGCUGACAAAUGGGAACACGUGGAAUCAAAAAGCUAGAUUUAAGCCAGAGCUUGAAGGAAUAGUUUUAAGGCAAUUUGGGAAAAUUGCAGUUCUGGACCACCGUUCCCGAGAGAUUACUGGCAAGGGUGGUUGGGAGAUUGAAAAAGUAAUAAAGUCUCCAGUGGUAAUUUCCCCAUGCAGUACUUUGCUUUUAGAAUACCUGGUGGAAUAGAAGAAAGAAAAUAUUUAAAUUGUGCUCUAGCCUCAGCCCACAUGUGGCCCAGGUUUCAUACCCUAGCUAUGAAGUACCCAUUAAAUCACAAUCCCAUGUAGGCUGCUGAGGUGGAACUGUUUGAACAAGUUGUUUUAUGAGCCCAAACCCAGGCGCAUAACUCAAAAGGAGAGAUGCGCACAGCUUCCUUCUCAGACUGAUAAAUGUGACCAGCCAAAAAUAAGAACAUUUGAAUGGGUCAGAAGGUCCCGACCUUGUGCUAAACCCAAGGCAUUAGAAGGGAGGCUGUGCUAAGACCUAGUCUUGUAAGCAGUUCUGAGGGACAGCGACUGAUCCCCAAGCAUAGAAGACCUCUGGCAGACCACAGCAGUCAUGCCCCCUAACAAGGAUGCUCCGGGCUGCCUUGGCUCGCCUCCAGGUUUGAUCUGCUUGCCACCCAUUUCUGAGGAUCUCCAGCUGGUAUGGACACAAGCAGCACAAACGAGUGACCUUGAUGGAAACCAGCACUUGCUGCAAACGUUCAGCUACUUCCCUUAUCCCAGCCUUUCUGAUCUGGCCUUGCUCUGCCUGCGUCAUGGCCUGCACAUGGAGAAAGUCAAGGCCUGGUUCAUGGCGCAGCGGCUCCGUUGUGGCAUCAGCUGGAGCGCUGAAGAAAUCGAAGAGACUCGGGCUCGCCUCAUCUACCAUCAGGAUCAGCUUCACUUCAGUUGCUUGCUUGCUGGGAAUGAGGUUGACUGCUGGCACCAGGCUUGUAAGAGCCAGGAAUACCACCAAGCAAUAGCUGCCUCUGUCUACAACUCUGGCAAAUAUCCAGAUCACCAGGAGGCUUCUGUAAACCCCUUAAACCACUACAGCACAGCCCAAGGAACAAGGGAAAUUGGGAGAAUUACUCAGGACGUUUGGAAAAUGAAGGAAAACGUGUUGUCCCAUCAUAAGAAAGUUCCGGAGAACUGUGAACCUUUGCAGGCUCCUGUGCAUCUUCACAAUACCAAAGAGACCCUUUCUGCUGACUGCCUACGGGCUACAAGUGCCGGUCUGCAGCAUAAGAUGGAGAACUGUCACACAGUAGCCUGGGGGCUCCCUGAAGCUGCCCCACAGCCCUCUGAGCCCAUUGUGUCUGCUGUAAAUGGGGGGCAUCACCCAAUACUACUUCCAGCAGGCCCUUCUGUCAAAGCUACCCCACUCACCUCUACAACUACAACCAGUGCUGCUCAAUCACACAGUCUCCAGAACUGUCAGUACCCGGUGGGUGAUCAGCAGCAGUCCUCAGGUCAGUCUGCAGAGGUUCUACGUAGACCAAGGCGAAAGACAAAGGAACAGUUGGAUAUGUUAAAAUCUUUCUUCCUUCGUUGCCAGUGGGCUAGAAGAGAGGAUUAUUAUCAACUGGAGAAGAUCACUGGGUUGCCACGUGCUGAGAUCAUCCAGUGGUUUGGAGAUACUCGGUAUGCCCUUAAGCAUGGUCAGCUGAAAUGGUUUCGGGACAAUGCUGGGCAGAGUCCAGAGUCUGCCCCUUUGUUACCUCCUCCUUCACUGCCUACACAAACACAUCCGGUCACAAGCCAUCCAAACACAAGCCCGCUGGAGCGCUAUUGGGCAGCUCAUCAGCAAUUACAGGAGAAGGACCUACCAGCACUCUGUCAUGAAUCAGGUAUGGAUGUUGAGCAGGUGCUGAAGUGGUUCCGUUCACAUUCACCAGCACCGUGUGAGGUGGAAGUAUGCUUGGGGGAUGAGGACGAGAUAGACGAGGAGGUUGCAGCAGCAAUGAUAAAAGACGAAGAUGAAGACUAUGAAGAAGAAGAAGACGAUGACGACGAUGAUGAAGAAGAAGACAAUGAUGGCGAUGAAGACUGGGUUGCCUAGAACUCUUGCAUAGAUGCUAGAGAUUCUGGCUUUUGGGGGUGGGUUUGACAGAAGGAUUGAGGAGAUAAAUAAAUUAGUAAGGUUAGGAGCAAGGUCUCAGCUUGUAUAAAACUCCUACCAUUGCAAUUUGCAAUGUUGCAAAUUGGGGCUACUUUCAUGUUCAAGAACCUGUCUAUUUUUUCUCAGGUUUUAGAAUUUAAGUAAAAUCUGUUGGUUUGUCCCUCUGGCUCAUUAAUUGUGUCUUUAAUCACAGAGUUGAAAGAGUGCUGGAAACUGAGCUUCCAACCCUCUUUCAGAUUCCAGUCCAUCAGCCCUUUCAGCUGUGUGUUUUAUCUGAAGGAGCAUCUUUCAUUUAAGUGUCAAGUUGCUGUUUAUUAUGCUAAUAGAACCUACAUUGGUUUCUCCUUCUAGAAUCCUGUUGAAGGUUUUCUUUUUUGUUCUUGAAUUCUAAAGCUGGUACUUUCCUUAAUUAUCAUAAUGCCUUGAAUUCAGACCUGGCAUAAGAAGAACUACCCUGAUUCUGUGCUUUGCCUCAUUUCUUCCAACUCAUUCUUUUAUUCCUGCUUCUAGACAGAUGCUGGCUAAAGUUCCAAGGCUUUGGAUUCGCAUAUUUCUAGGGAUCUCGAUGGCUGUGUUUGCCAAUAUACAGCAAUGCUUUUUUCAGUUCUAUCCAGGUCAUAUAUAGCUUCUGGUAACUCUGAGUGCAGUUUAUUUCAUUCUACAAGUGGAAGCAAUAGUCCAACCUAUAUGAUUUGCCUUUCCGUUAAGGCAAUUUUCAAAUCAAGGAUUCUGUGCCAUCAAAAUAAUAAUAAUAAUAAAAGAAAAGAAAGACUCCAUACUUCAGAUCGUUGGGCUAUAAUUCACCCUUUCUUGGUUAUUUCUAUUUAUUACGGGCCUUUGUAUCUAUAGUAUGUGUUUCAAAUCUGAUCCUUUAAAAAAUGACAAAUACCAGUUCUUGAUUUUUGAGGUGUGGAACGCAGUAGAAUUUAAGAUCGUGUCUGUGGAUUUUGUGUGCUGUAAUUUUUGAGAGGGAUGUGUGUAUGUCUGGAGCAUUUUUUUAAAAAAAAACCUUUCAUCUUUGUUUCUGUUACUUUCUCCCUACUUCUAUCUUUGAUGGUUUUCCAGAUUUCAUGUGUAUAUCAUCUUUCACUUUUCUUUGUUCCUAUGUGGACUCUCCUUCCUUCCAUAAACACUUUAAUUCAUCAGUCUCUACUCUCUGCAUGUCUUCUUACUUCAGUCCAAUUUUUCUUUCAUGUACCCAUUCUGCACUAGUUGGAUAAUUCUAUAAACUGAAAGCCAUUUUCCACUUCAGUCUACUUGGAGAUCUGGUAAAAUGUGGUGGCCGUUUAUCUUGUGAAAGAAUUUUAAGAAGGAGGGCAGUGGCAUUAUUUGCCUGGUAUCCUCAUUCUGUUUAUAAUGGCCAGGCACUAACUGAAACACCACCACAAAUAACCCAAUAUGCAGUAUGAGGAAGAUUAGGUCUUGAAUGUUCACAAAAGAUGAAAGUCAGGAUAGAUUCUGGGAUCUUUAGAGAUACUAGGUAGGAAACAGUACUUACUUAAUAUUAGAAAUAAUCUAUAAUGGGUAUUAAUAAUUUGCUUUCAAAAACACUUCUUAAAUUACAUUUCUAAUAAUUUUUACAGAACCUGCUUUUAAAAAAUAUUUAUUA